GUUAGGAAUUUUGAACGGCGGAAAUAUACACUGACCCAUUACGAUACUGAUACUAUUUAUUCAGAAAUACUAGCAUCAUCAACAAUUUCAUCUUCAUUGCGGCAUACUAUAACAUCAAGUGAAUUUACACAAAAAGUGUCUACUUUUUCAACUACUUCAACUCUUACAUUGAGCACUACAAAUAUUUCAUCAACAUCUCUUCGUACAUUACCCUCUUCAUUAUCCUCAUCCACUCUAUUGACUACAAUGUCAAACCCUACUUCAAUACCUCUUCCUAUAUCAAGCAGUUCACCAAUCUCACCAACUAUACAAGUAGUACCAAGCUCUACUUCAACUUCUCUUAGUGCAUUAAUCUCAUUGUCUACCUCAUUCAUUCUAUCAUCAACUAAAGUGUUAGACUCUACUUCAAUGCCUACUCGUGCAUCAAGCAGUUUAAUAAUUUCACCCACUGAAGUAUCAACGUCUUCUUUAACACUUCUUACUCCAUUAAGCAGUUCAUCAUCUUCAAUCUCUACUACAAUAGUGCCGAAUUAUACUUCAGUAUCUUUAAGUUCUUUAAGCUCUUCAAUUACCUCAUCAUCAGCUACAUUAAAUAGCUCAUCCACUCUAAUAUUAAACUCUACUUCAGUGCCUCUUCUUACAUCAAGCAAUUCAUCUAUUCUUAUACCUACUGUAGUAUCAACCAUCACACCUCUUGCUUCAAUGAGCAGUUUAUCUCCCUCACUCACAACUACCAUUAUUUCAAUGCCUUUUAGUUCUUCGAGCAAUUCAAUUCCAUCAUCAACUAUAGUAUUGAAAUCUACUUCAACACUUCUUACUUCAUUAAGCAGUUCAUUGCACUUGUAUUCUUCAACACCUCUUGCUUCAAUGAGCAGUUUAUCUCCCUCACUCACAACUACCAUUAUUUCAAUGCCUUUUAGUUUUUUGAGCAAUUUAAUUCCAUCAUCAACUGUAGUAUUGAAAUCUACUUCAACACUUCUUACUUCAUUAAGCAGUUCAUUACACUUGUAUUCUUCAACACCUCUUGCUUCAAUGAGCAGUUCAACUGCUCACAACAACUUCAACUCAACUUCAACUCAACUCACAACUACAGUGUCAAACUAUACUUCAACACCUAUUAGUUCAUUGAGCUCUUCAUUUAUGUCAUCAGUACACUCUACUUCAACACUACUUACUUCAUUAAGUAGUUCAAUGCAUCCUACUUCAACACUUCUUACUUCAUUAAGUAGUUCAAUAGAUCCUACUUCAACACUUCUUACUUCAUUAAGUAGUUCAUCACACUCUACUUCAACACUUCUUACUUCAUUAAGUAGUUCAUCACAUCCUACUUCAACAUUUCUUACUUCAUUAAGUAGUUCAUCACAUUCUUCUUCAACACCUCUUAGAUCGAUGAGUUCAUCAUCAACCUCCUCCACACUAUCAACUGCUUCAUCAAAAACUACUUCAUCAAAAACUACUUCAAUCUCUAUUUCUCGAAUAGGGAAUACAAUUAUAGCUCCUACAACUAUUAACAAACCAAACACCAUGAGAACUUCAACAAGUUCUAUAUCAACAGUCCAGUCAUUGACAAAGAGUGCAGUAACUUCUACAAAACCAAGCACUUUAAGUACUUCUACAGAUUUUUCAUCAAGUUUCUUCCAGUCGCCUAGUGAGCUCAAUCUUAAUCACUUUAUUUUUAUUCAUGACUAA